AUGAGUGAACGUCUCCCAUACAUGCAAGCAUGCCUCGGCAGUGCAGCAGCUUGUUUGGAAUGCGCUGAGAAAGCAGCCGGUGAAGGAUGUGCUAAGCAAUGUCGCACCAACGCUGAGCUCGCUUCGUGUACUGCAAAGCUCAUGUCGAUUGGUGCACCCGAAGCGAAAACGUUGACGGAAUUGACGAGGACGUCAUCGGACAGAUGUGCUGAGAUGUGGUAUGUCUAG